AUGUCUAGAUCAGGUGUUGCCGUUGCCGAUGAAUCGUUGGCCGCUUUCAACGAAUUGAAGUUGGGCAAGAAGUUCAAGUUUGUUGUUUUCUCGUUGAACGACAAAAAGACUCAAAUCAUCGUCAAUGAAACUUCUUCCGACCAAUCUUAUGAAAAGUUUUUGGAAUCCUUGCCAGAAAACGACUGUAGAUACGCCGUUUACGAUUUCGACUACGAAUUGCCAGGUGGCGAAGGUAAGAGAUCCAAGAUUGUCUUCUACACCUGGUCUCCAGAUACUGCCCCAGUUAGAAGUAAGAUGGUCUACGCCUCUUCUAAGGAUGCUUUGCGUCGCGCUUUGAAUGGUGUUGCUUCAGAUAUCCAAGGUACUGACUUUAGCGAAGUGUCUUACGAAACUGUUUUGGAAAAAAUCAGUGGUGGUGGUGCUCACUAA